AUGAAGACCGUGGCGGCUCUGUUGUCAAUGGCCGCUAUGGCCCACGCUCUAGUAGCGACCACCUCCGAGCCAUCGCUCAGUCAGAUCAAGAACGCGGCGGCAACAACCUUGCCUGAAUCUCCCGUUUCAAACGUCAAAGGUGUUGCUUUUGAUCGCUUCUACCAGAUUUGGAUGGAGAAUGUGGCGUAUACCGAUUCGGCGGCUGAUCCCAACAUGCAAUGGCUUGCCUCCCAGGGAAUUCUGCUGACCAACUACCAUGGCGUUACUCACCCGUCGGAGCCAAAUUACUGUGCUGCAGGCGGUGGUGAUACCUUUGGGAUGGAUUGGGACGACUGGACACAGAUUCCUUCAAACAUAUCUGCUGUCCCAGAUCUAUUAGAUACUAAGGGUAUCUCUUGGGCUGCAUAUCAGGAGCAUAUGCCGUACCCUGGUUUCCAGGGCUUCAACUACUCCAAUCAAGAGACAUAUGAGGACGACUAUGUGCGUAGGCAUAACCCUGUGGUCCUCUAUGAUACUGUGGUCGUGAAUGAGACGCGUGCUCGUCAGAUCAAGAACUUUACCGACUUCGAAGAAGAUCUUGCAAACAACAAGCUUCCUCAGUGGGCUUUCUUCACGCCGAAUAUUACGAAUGAUGCCCACGAUACAAACAUUACCUUCGGGGCCAAGUGGGAGCGCCAUUGGAUGUCCGCUUUGCUGGCGAACGAGUACUUUAUGAACAACACCCUUGUCCUUCUUACUUUUGACGAAGAUAUGUAUGAUCUCAGUGACAAAAAUGCCACAUUCGAUCAGGGCAAUCGGGUUUAUAGCAUUUUGCUUGGUGGUAUUAUCCCGGAUGACUUGAAAGGCACUCAGGACGAUACGUUCUACACACACUACUCGAGCAUUGCAUCCAUAUCUGCUAACUGGGGUCUUCCUUCCCUGGGUCGCUGGGAUUGUGGUGCUAAUAUUUUCGAGAUUGUGGCCAACAAGACUGGCUAUAUUAACUAUGAUGUUGAUCUUACCAAUUUGUACCUAAACCAUACCUAUAAUGGCCCAUUGACCACCGGGAUGUUGGAAGAGUACUUUGGAGGUUCGUCUGACCUGAAGAAAGUGGCGGGCUCCGCAUGGACCUGGCCUGUUCCCAACACUGACGCUAAGUGCUCGGCUGGAAACGGUGUGCUGGAAGCGGUGAAGGAGACCUAUAGCGGCAUGAGUGCGACCUACAACUACACAUCUCCCUACCCUUGGGAUGAAGCCAGCGGCUAUAACGUCAAUGUAACCGCUACCCGCAAAACAUCCAACAGCACUUCCAACAGCAAUAGCUCCUCUACCAACGCGACUUCUACCACCUCUGGUGCCGGUCGCAGCACUAGAAUAAGCCUGGGUGCUACUUUUGGAAGUAUGGUUGCUCUCCUUGUUUUAUUGCAAUAG